AUGGACGGUCUGGUGGCAUGGACGCGAAAUCUAUCGUCAGGAGCAGAGAAGGUGAUGCAGUUGGGAGUGAAUGCGUUUCGUUUUCACAGCGGAGCCUGUGAUGUGAUUAUUGUACGGCAUCAAGACAAGCUCGUCUCUACGUCAUGGCACUGCAAAGUAGCUAACGGGCUAGUGGGAAGUGGCAUCGAAACGAAAGUUCAGCUCAAGGUUGGAAACAUCUUCACAGAUGUGAUCAUGAAGGUUGGAGACGACUGCAAGUGCUACUUCGAAGAUCAUGCAGAAGUUUUCCACCCGCCAGCUGACCAGCUGCAAGCACUACCACUGAAGCAGGGAUGCAACCUAUCGGAGCUGGUGGUGCUCCAGAGGGAUAAGGGCACGGGAGACUGGAAAGAGGUCGCCAGCGUCCCCCUCGGGAUCUUCCUCUGGGACCGUGAGGACAAGAUCGUCAUAGCGGAUGUGGAGGGAACGGUGAUCAAGGGGGACAUAUGGACCAAGAGCGCUGACUUGGUCUUGCUAACGACCAACAAGCAUACGAGAGGAGCAGGAGGCCUUGAGACGGUGCGAGACGGUGUGGGUCCACUCCUCUCCUACCUCGACCGCGCGGGAUACCGCGUCCUCUUCCUCACAGCGGCUCCCAUCACCCGCGCUGAUCGGGUCCGAGAGACCAUCAACUGGAUCAGGGAGGCGGAGGUGGAGCAGUGGGGGAGGGGGGCUCACUUGCCAGCGUCUCCCAUCAUAACGACCCAGGAGAGGAUGGGAACGGUGCUCCUUCAGAAGCUCUCGGACAGGACGUUUGCCCCUUUCAUGUCCUUGGGGAAGGACGCUGGAGGGAAUCAUCAGAGCUCGUUCAAGACCAUGUCGCUCGCUGAGCUUGCACAAGUCUUCCAGGGCUCUUCGGAGGGAGAGGAGGCGACUAGCACGUUUGUCGGGGGAUUCUGUGAGAAGGUAGAGGAUGCGGUGGCGUAUGAGAACGCAGGGAUCUGCAAGGAGAAAAUCUUUGUGCUGGACAGAGCAGGCAGGGUGAAAUGUCACAGUCCGGAGCUCACGGAGUACUUGUGGACUUCGUACGUUGAGAUGUGA